AUGGCGGCCAAGACACCGGCAUUCGAGGAAGUGGACGAAACGAGAUGCAUUGUAUACGCGUGUUCGGCCGAUGAGUAACACUCUCAUGAGACUGCUCGUUUCUCCUUUUAUUACGUUCUUAUUUCAUUUUCAUUACUUCUCAUCACCUAUUAACACACGUGCGCCUGUACUAACACUUUGCAUGCGAUAAAAAAUAAUUUAAAAUUUACUGCUAGUUGAGCUCUGCGAAAUUAAUGAGUCUUACAAAAAAACCGUACAAAAUUUAUAUUCUAAGUAUUUGAAGAAAAAUGCGGAAUUAGCAAAAACAAUCGAAAUCUGUUCAAACUAGAAAACUUGCGAUUAAAAUAUGCGCCUUCGCUAUUAAACUUAGGAUAGUAUUCAAAAAUUUUACAGUCUAGACUAAUCUGGAGUUCACAAAAGACAUAGUAGGUUCGUGAGAGACUCCAAUGAAAUCUAUCAUAGCUGACCUAGAUUUUAUAAGAAUUCGUGGCCUCAGGUAGGUUCUCACGAUCACUUGUACAAGAGAGUGAUAAAAUGCCUUCGCUUCAACACUUGGGUUGUUAGGUUUUUAACUGACUGGGAGGUCUUAAAACAAGAUGGUUCACAAGGGAACUGAAAUUUCGAUGCGGAAUCGGACCGAAAGUAAACGGAUCGAAAGAGAGACAUAGGGAGGAAGAUGCGGUGCGAUUACGCAAAUCGUGAACAACAACAACAGCGGCGUUAGGAAUGCGAACAACCGUAGUUGUUUCCGAGUAUUCGGAAGAAGAGUGUACUGGCCGAACGGACAUACAUUCAGGAAAGGGAGAGGGCGGACAUCACCAAGAUAUGAAACUUGGAAAAAUAGUGCCUAAUGUGGCGGAGAUGACUAUCGAAAUAGUGCUUUAAUGAGAAGAGACGCAGUCGGCGGACAUGAAUCUGCGCGAAAGAGAAGAGGUCGUUUAACAUUUCGAAUAGUACACACUUCGGUCGCCGUUUCUUGCCAAAUUUGUGAAUGAAUCCGAAAGGGAAGGACAGCCAAAUGAGCGGCCGAAAAGGGAAAGAUCGCAAGUUCAGAGCACUGGGAGAAGAGCCGGUCAGGUGUAAAAAAUGCGGGCAAGGCGCCCGAAGACUCGGUCACUCAGGAGCACGGUCGGUCGGGCGGCGAGGAAGUGCGCAAACCGAGGCGUCAAGUGGAGAGCGACAAGGUGUUCGCACACACGAUCCGCUUGUCGCCCAGACGAUCUGCGCACCAGUGACUACUGUAGUGAGGGCCGAGUAACAAACAACAACAGUCCGCGGGCUCGUUCGGUUUUGUUUGCGAUUCGGCUCGAGAUUCUCCUGAAUAUCGUGGUGUCCUAAGACUAUGAACAAUGUUUCAAGUUGAAUUGGAAUGUGAUCGGAGUGAACCAGAAAACUAAAGAGUUCAAGAUCUCACGAUCAAGAGAGAGGGAGGGAGAUAAGAGAGAUAAGAUGAGGAAUAAGAAAUGACUUUUUACGAAUAACUAUUUACAGCACAUUUAUUGUCUCUGCAAAAAUUUUUAGGAAAAGAAGGAAAUACUUGGAAGUUCGCGAAAAAAAGAGAGGAAAACUGAAAAGUUUGCUUUUCAAAUCAGCUGCAUUAGAGCGCAAUUGCAUCGUCCACCCUUCGCGCCAAGUCCGAAUUUUAUUUUCGAUUCUCGCACCCCUCGUCUCAGUUUCUCGCUCUACUCUAUUUUACUAACCCGAAAUAAAUUUUGUAAAACUCGUAAGUUACCCACAAAUAUCUUCCUAAACUUCGAGCACUAAUCUUUCAGGAACUUCAAUCUGUUUCUCCCCGACGCCGCCAAAACUCUGUUCUUCGACGACUUUGACCCUUUCUACAAAGGUGAGUAUUUGAGCUAUCACGGUUUCUUACAAUGCAUAAAAUCUCAAAAAAGGCUAUUUUUGCACGAAAACUUGUCAGAAACGUUGUCGGAAAACUGAGGGAGUAGGUCAUUUUCCGAUAUUUUCGGAAGGCCGAACAAUAUAAUUAGGGGGUCUGAACCUCGAAACUACUACACUUAAUCGUCUCGAAACACGAAAAAACGGCCAAAGUUGUCAAGAGGUCAAGAAUUUGUUCAUUUGGCCCCUCUUCGAGUGUUUUCUCAGUCCGAGAACAAUCCGGAUCUGAUCUGCCUGAGAACUUUCAGGUUUCUCAGACAUCUCCUGCUCACUGGAGUCUUCUCUUUUGUGAAAAGCAUUGCCACGUGUCGAGGGAAUCCUGUCUGUUGUCCGUCUCUGAUUGCUGCGCCGUUCCGAGUGUUCAAACAGUUUGUGGCUCUUCCUGUCGGCCGAUCCAGUUCAUUGUCUCGCUGCUUCCAAUUCAUUCUCUUGUUUUCCUCUAUCAUCUUCUUUCCUUCUUCGUACUCAAAAAUCAAUCAAUUCCUUUUUGCUCUCUCCCCAUAAACUCCCACGAUCCAUCGGUCACUCAGCACUCCUUUAUCACUUUUCUUCCCUUUCGCCGUCCGGACAAAUAUACUCUCCAUCACAAUGCUUAUUAUUGUUGCCUCUCUUCUUUUCUCCUUCUUCUUGACAUUGAAAACAGCCAAAGACUGAAUAGGAAGUGCUUCAAAAAUAGUUGUUGAAAUGAGUGAUUGCUCCCAAAAUGUUUGUUUCGUCGAGCCUCUGCCACCCGCACGCCCUUCCUCUUUUCCCUUUUAUUUCUCUAUCUUACCUCCCAAUUUCCUUUCAUUUCGGAUAAUCUACCGGUCCCUUCCGUUCUCUGCGUCUCUUCGACCUCCGUACUCUCUCGCCUCUUUCCGAACAUAACCUCAUUUUCAAUUUCAAAUUCAACCGAACGAAAAGAAGGGAAAAGAGAGAUUUCCGUAUUUGCAACAUUUCCUUUCUGAUAGUCAUCUGACGGCUUCACCCGGAUUAGUCUCCCUACCGACAGGUCACCACUGACCAAUUUCAAUAACAGGAGUGUCCUUCAAAAAUAUCAUUGACGUUUUGCAUGUGUCCGUGCGAAUAUAUUUCGCUGAAGUUGCAUUGUUUGAGCAGGUGUCCGCGUGCCCAUUGGCUUCCAAUCCGGCUACUCGUACUGCUCCUUCCCCCGCCCAAAACUCUUCCUUCCGCCUCCCUAAUUCGGCCUCUUUUGCUGCCAAUGCUUCUCAUUUCGUCGGUCCCCACUGCUCGCUCUUUUUGUUUCGUUUUUUUCCGUUUUUCGCGGCAGCUUCUCACCCGCAAAAGUCAAUAAAAAACAUGGGAAUCCCAGCUCGCUUUCCCCAUUUUUUCAUCUUCCUCCACAAUUUCCUUUUCUGUGGUGCAUAAUGCGUUUUAUGGAAAACGGCACGUCAUUCAUCACAACAAAAUUGAAGAAGAAAGCGAAAAGAAUAGAGCGAAAUGGAUGAUUCAGACGGCAGAAAAAAAACAUAAGAGAAAACGGGUGGAUCGGCGAGCUGUUAAAACAGAGAAGGCUCGAUUUCGAGUGCCCCAAACACAUUCACGCGAAUGGAUCCUAUUACGAAACAAGGGAAAAGUGGCUAGACAGCGGGGUAUGAAGAACACUUCAGAUUCGUAUUUAGUCUCAAAAUUUCUCGCUUUUAUGAGAUCAGGAAUGAGUGAAUUUUAGAACAGAGUAGAGGUUUCUGAAACAGUUCAAAUUGUCAAUUUCUCCUUUCCCUUCCGUGUCCUAAUUCGAGUAAAUGGUCGGCUAAUGGAAGUCUCCACUCGGUUCUCUGCGUUCAAUCCCCCGCUGAUAACUGAUUCUCUGAUAAAGUUUCCUUCUUUGCCCCCACUGAUCACAUUCGUCUCCAUUUGCCAUUUCAACAUCUUCGUCUGCCGUCUGUCUGUUACACCUCCGUUUCCUCUGGACUCCGCCCCCUUCAUUGCCUCACGCGCCCUCCGCUUUCCCCCCAAACAAACCCCGUUUCUGACACACUUGUUUCGUCCAUGGCCUCAUCUUUCAUGCAUUCAUCAUCCCAUUUUCAGAUCAUUUGAUGAUCGCCCAGCUGAAACAGACGCUUCAGCAGAAUGCGAACGCGAACGCGCCGAAGAGCGUAGAGAAGCCGUUGGCCGAGACGAGCAUCAAAGACCGGCUCCGCGCACUCAAUAACGUGAGCUGGGAAAUGCAUAGAUGAACAUGGAAAACCGAAAAUAUUUCAGAGUGCGAAUCAGUGGCAACAGCGGGCUCCCCGGCCACAUCCACCAGCCCCUCAACGGCGGUCCAGCUCGAAUGCGCUCAAAGAUCUUCCGGUCCUUCAGAAGCUGCAACAAUCACAACAUCAGAAGGAGGCACUGGAGAAACGUGACUCAUCGAAAACAUAUGACAUCACCAGCGGUCUGAAGAAAUUCUUCGGGAGCAGUGCCUCAUCGUCGGCAUCACGAGGACCUCAAAAUUUCGAUUCGAACGAAAUAGAUUUAGACGCGAUAACGGCGAAUGCACGGCCAGUGUGAGUGCCGAACGAAUUCCCUCUUCUCAGCAUCUAAACUUCGUUUCAGUCUGAAAACAGUUUGUCGUCCCCGUGCUCCGAACAGAAAGAAGGCAUCGCAAAUGGCGGCGUUCGACGAGCGAAUCAGACUGGAGUCAGUCAAGAUCAACGAAGACGAAUUCGUCGGAGAAGAAGAGGAACCGGAGAAACUGGAGACACAAGCACAAGCGAUCGCCGCACUGAAAAGCGCCAAAGAGCUUCUGAAGAGUCCUACGAAGAAGUCGUCGUAUCCGGAAGUGAUGCUCAUUCAAAUCAGAGGCUCCAAACACACCGACGUCCGUCUGGUCGCUCCAACGAUGUCUUCGAUCCACGAACAUGCCUGCUUCGUCGUCGUUCAUCAGAAGCAUCUGAUGAAGUAUGAAGGUGCAAUGGCCAACAUUCUCGAAAAAACGAAGGCCGCUCAGCUGUGCAUCGAGAUUCAGGGAAAAUCUGAUUUGAACUGUGCUGCGGAUGCAAUUGUGACCGUCACGGAGAGCUCGAAGAGCACCCUCUCGAAACUGUUGUUCUGCUCAGAAAACGGGAAUCCAUCGAUGAACAGUCAGCUGAUAAUGUCCUCGGAACCGUUCGAAUUUAUCGCUGCCAAACUGAAUCUCGUGCUCCGCGUCGCCGAUGACCGCAGUGCUCAAACGUAUUCGCGCAGAGAACGCUUGUCCGUUGAGAUCCUUCAGCCGAGUGAAACGCUCAUUCUGGACUUUGGAAGUGAGAUUUACGUGUGGACUGGGAGGUAUUCGAGCAAAGUGAAUGCGGCGUACGCGUUGGAAUAUGCGAAGCAGCUGAUGGAGAAGCCGGUGAAGAAUGGGAAGACAAUUCUGGGAGAUUCCGAAUUCGGCGAAGAGGAGAGAAGACCCGAAUGGACACUUUUCCGGAAGAUCCAUCAAGGAGUCCUCGUAAGUCUAAUCCACGUUGCCAAUCGAGUAUAGUACUUUUCAGGAUACCUUGUUCAAAGCAAAGUUCGCCGACUGGCCAGAGAACCAUGAAGUGCUCACAACGUGCAGACCGAGACCUCUCUUUUCGACCAAAAAGUCAGAAAUGAAGACGUAUGAAGACGUAAAAGUGGCUAAUCAAGAUGAAGAAGUAGAGGAGCUCGUUCGGAGAAUGUUGGCGGAGCCGGAGAUGGAGCCGAUUAUGAUGCUAGAGGAUCAGGAAAUCGACAGACGUAUGCACGAUGUGAUCACCGAAGACAAGUCGCUGUGGAUUCUGAGAGGAGAGAUUCUGAAGAGUAUUGAGUUCACGGAACAGUUCGACUCCACGAGAUGCUACGUUCUCCGCUGGAAAUACAGAAUCCAAAAGUCGGGAGUGCGUCGAAUCAGAACAGGAAAAGAAGAGGAACGAGAGACAGGACGGUCUCGUAUUGCCUUCUUCUAUUGGCUCGGCGAGCACACUUCUCCUAAGCAGCACGGCCUUUGCGCCCUCCGCAUCAAGAACAUUGACAGGGACAACAGCCCGAGAAUCCGAGUGGCCGACGGUAAUGAGCCCGCACUCUUCCUGGCUCUUUUCGAGGGAAAGUUUCAAGUGAGCAGGGACCUCGCGGAAGAUAAGCCUCUUCGCGUAUUCGUUGUGAUCGGAGCGAACGCAGAAGAAACCAGUCUUCGCGAAGUGGUCGAUUUGGAAGUGAAACUGCGCUCGCACGCUUCUUACAUCGAAAUGAAGAACAGUAUUCCGAACAUAGUGUGCGGUUCGAACUGCUCUCCGGAACAAGUCCGUUUCGUCCUAACGCACGCUGAAAAUCUCCUCCAGAAGGCGGGACACUCCGGGAAAGCCGCGGUCGAGGUGGAAGGAGACGUGGAGGAGCGUAAAUGGAUCCAUUCGACGGGAAGAAAACGGGCGAUGCGGGUGUGGAGGAUAUUCGAGAACGAGGCAGAGUCGACAAAUCAUCUGAGUGGCCACAAGGACUGCGCAUUCACAUUCUCUCAACAGGUCUCCCAGUUUCAGUCAGUCUGUUCAUUUAUGAUUUCAGAUUCUCACCGAAACCAUCCUUAUUGAUGUGGGAGAAGCGCUCUGGUUGUGGUCAGAAGACGUCAUAACAACAUUCGCUCUGAAAGUGGCCAACAAGUAUUGGGAAAAUCGAGAAGGACCCGCCAAAGUGGUAUACAAUGGAGCCGAACCCGAGAAGUUUCAGGCGCUCUUUUCGAAUUGGGAGACCGUCGAUGUCGAAAAUCGGUUGGAGCCGCGGGAUGUGAAAGAACUGUUGGCAGAGAGGUGCAGAACGUUUUCGCUUCACGAACUGAAGGAACGCACGAAUCUUCCCGCCGGAAUGGACAUGCGGAGACUGGAGAGCUACUUGACCGACGAAGAUUUUCGGAGAGUGUUCGGCAUAGAGAGAUCCGAGUUUUAUGCACAGAAGGCGUGGAAACAGAACGAAGCACGGAAGAAAGUUGGCCUUUUCUGAAGUCGCCUUAUUCCAACUACUGUCUCACACAAUUUUAUCUUAACUUCUUCUUUACUACUCCUUGCCAUUGUAUUUCUUGUAUAGAUUGCCUGAAGAAUAAACGCGUGUAUGUAAAUUUUUCCGGUUCUCCUUCAUUGAAAGUGAAAUGUGUUCGUGGUUUCAGCAUACUUUGAACUAGAAAUCAAUCUCAAAUUGUCCGAGAAGGGUGUGCAACUGCGCUCUGUUGAAACGCGCGAAAUCGUGCGUUCAAAAAUUUUCUCUGAUAGCUGUCCCAAUUGAAUUUUGCCAAUUCAAUUUUCGAGGUUUAUGCUUCUUUCUAAAUCAGAUUUCCCCGAAAUUGAGUUCUUUUUGCAGCGACUACUAACCAUGUGGAACGAGACGACCGUAAAUGACGAGAACGGAGCCGGAUGGGCUGGAGGGGAGACUUCUUUCGUAACCGAUAAGAAAACUGUAAGAAACCCAUAUCAUCAUCAUUCUUACAAGACUUUUUGAAGGUUUAAUAGUCUUUUUUCAUUUUAUUAUAUUUUCCUACUCACGCGAGGUAAAUACGUUAUGAGAAACAAGAGUUCGAUAAUUCAAUUAACCGUCGCCAAAUCCAAUACAUCCGUGACAACCUUCGUUUCUGUGCGUUUUUCUUUUCUUAUUUCUACCAUUGCACGUCGAUUUGUAGGAGAGAAGGAUUGGGGUGAUAUGAUAGGAUUUAGUCGGAAUCUGUUGGAACUCAGACUCACCAUCCCAUUUACGAGUUUUACGACCAUUCUCAAACAUUUUCUCAGGACACGAAAGCCACGUCGCUCGGAGACAGACUUCCAGUACCGGUGACCAUCACAGACCUCAAUGAGAACUUCUCCGCGCAGGAUGACAAGUACAUCAUCGGAAAGUUCCGAUUCGCGACGGUCAGAGCUCUUGAUCAUUUGUUUGAUCCCUCUAUUCAUCCAUUGUCUUUUCAGGUGAUGACAGUUGGAAUUGUGAAGGAUAUUACCGAGGACGGAACUUCCCACUCGUACAACCUGCAAGACCCGGAGAAUGCCGACUUUGAAUACCGUGUCACUAAGUACAGCAGCACCGAUGGAUCCACUUUCGAUCCAUCGACGAUCGUCGAAGGAACUCGCGUGCGUGCCAUUGGAAAACUGAAGGGAUUUGACGGCGCGAAUAGUUAGUAAUCUGAAAUUUUCGAAAAAAAAAAGUGUUUUUUGCAGUUGUGAUGUUGUUCAACAUCGUUCCGAUGCCAGACGACAAGGAGUACACCAUCUUCAAGUUGGAGGCUAAGGUCGCUCGUCUCUUUUUCGUCAAGGACAUGAACGACAAAUUGAAAAACGAGUACGCUUCCAGUGGCUUCCGCGGCAUGUUGGCCCCACCAAAAGGUCGCUUUGGAGGACAGAGCAACUCGCAAAACUCGCAAGCAUCGGACACCAAGGAGAGAUUGUAUCCGUCGAGCAAUCAAGCUCCGCUGAGCAUGCCCAAGAAGGUCGAAAAUGUCGGAGAAGUUCUCAAGGACCGCAUUCUGGCUGUUCUUAAAGCCAUUGAUGACGACCAGGCCCGUGAAGAGGGCUCCCCGAUCGCGUGGAUUGCCGAGCAAGUGCAGGAGAACGACAUGAAGCUGGUGCGCAACACGAUCGCCGAUAUGAUCGAAAGGGGAUUCAUCUUCUCGACCUUCAGAGAGGAGUGCUACUCGAUCCUCUGA